AUGGCAGCUCCACAAGGGGGUUACCCUCCCCAGGAAGGGUAUGCCCAGCCCGGCUACGGCUCCCCGGAUCCCGCACAACAAUCGCCCGUCGCCGCGCAGGGAGCGCCGGCUCCUGCGGCCGCUGGACGGAAGAAGAGAACGUACGCGGGCGAGGCGUUCGAGUUCGGUUCUGGUGCCAAUGCCGCGCUCGGAGGACAACCCACCGCCGGCGGGGCUUACGGAGCCUAUCCCCAGCAGCCGCAAGCUGCAGGAUACCAGCAACCUGCGUACGGCGUUGACCCGAACCAAAUGCAGCCCGCCGCGGCAGGCUAUGCGCCCCCCCUCGUCCGAUGUUGCGCAAAUGACCCAGCAGUUUGGUGGCAUGGGUAUGAGCGAGCCGCACCACAUGCCUCCCGCGCAGCCACAACCUGCGGUGCAGCCCCAGCGUCAAGUCCCACUCAACCAGCUUUAUCCGACAGACCUCAUCUCGCAGCCGUUCAACGUUGCAGAGCUGGAUUACCCUCCACCUCCUAUCAUUCUGCCUCCACAGGUAGGGCUGGAAAUCCUCCCCGAUUGUUGAUUAGAUUCGGUGGGAAGCUAAUCUCCCACAGACCAGUGUUUUCGAGUCUCCCACCGCCAAUUGCCCCCCCCAAAUACAUGCGAUCCACAUUGAAUGCAGUUCCCACGAACAAUUCGCUCCUCAAGAAAUCCAAGCUUCCCUUCGCUCUCGUCAUUCAGCCCUAUGCCGCUCUUCAUGAUGCCGAGGACCCUAUUCCCGUGAUUCCGGAUCAAGUCAUUUCACGGUGCAGACGUUGCCGCUCCUACAUCAACCCCUUCGUCACCUUCCUCGAUCAUGGCCACCGCUGGCGUUGUAACAUGUGUAAUCUGACUAAUGAUGUGCCCCAAGCGUUUGACUGGGAUUCGACAUUGCAAAAGCCGGCGGAUCGUUCAUUGCGUGCGGAUUUAAACCAUAGCAUGGUGGAAUUUGUUGCGCCCCAGGAGUACAUGGUUCGACCACCCCAGCCGCUUGUUUAUCUCUUUUUGAUCGAUGUGAGCUAUUCGUCCGUGAGCAGUGCCCUUCUGGCCACCAGCGCACGCUGCAUCAAAGAGAGUCUCGACCGCAUCCCCAACGCGGACCGCCGCACUAGAUUGGGUUUUAUCGCCGUGGACUCGAGCUUGCACUACUUCAGCAUUCCUCGCGAUGGGUCCGGCUCCUCGGAUCCCCGCAUGCUGGUUGUCAGCGACCUUGAUGAGCCCUUCCUGCCUAUCCCUGGUGACCUUCUGGUGACCCUGAGUGAAUGCCGGGAGAACAUCGAGUCUUUCCUGGAUAAGCUACAGUCAAUGUUUGAGAACACCCAGAACAACAGCUGUGCCAUGGGCUCCGCUCUGCGCGCUGGUUAUAAGCUCAUCUCGUCUGUUGGUGGCAAGAUGACGGUUCUCAGCGCGUCUCUGCCCAACAUUGGUACUGGUGCGCUUACUAUGCGAGAGGAUAAGAAGGUGCUUGGUACGAAUAAGGAGUCUAGUCUUCUCCAGACCGCCAACUCCUUCUACAAGAGCUUUGCUGUCGAGUGCUCCAAGGCUCAGGUCUCUGUGGAUAUGUUCCUUUUCUCAUCCCAAUACCAGGAUGUGGCAUCCCUCAGCUGCUUACCCCGGUACACUGGUGGACAAACCUACUUCUACCCUGGCUGGAAUGCCACGCGAAGUGAAGAUGCUAUGAAGUUUGCACGCGAAUUCUCGGAGUAUCUGUCCUCUGAAAUUGGUCUUGAGGCUGUUCUCCGAGUGCGUGCCACCACCGGUCUCCGCAUGAGCACCUUCUAUGGCAACUUCUUCAACCGCUCCUCCGAUCUCUGCGCUUUCCCUGCUUUCCCCCGUGAUCAGGCAUAUGUGGUUGAGGUGGCUAUUGAUGAGACCGUGGCCAAGCCAGUUGUCUGCUUGCAAGCCGCCGUGCUUCACACGACUUGCAAUGGCGAGCGUCGGAUUCGUGUCAUCACUGUCGCCCUGCCGACCACCACCAACCUGGCCGAUAUCUACGCUUCGGCGGAUCAGCAGGCUAUCACGACUUUCUUCAGUCACAAGGCCGUCGAACGCGUGCUGAGCAGCGGUCUCGAGCCUGCCCGUGAGGCUCUGCAGGCCAAGAUCAUCGAGCUAUUGACCACCUACCGCAAGGAGCUUGCAGGCGGUAGUGUCGGCGGCGGUGGUCUCCAGUUCCCAGCUAACCUGCGUGGCUUGCCAGUCCUUUUCCUUGCCCUGAUGAAGAAUCUUGGUCUUCGUAAGUCCGCCCAGAUUCCCACGGAUAUGCGGUCUGCGGCUCUGUGUCUGUUAUCCACCCUGCCCCUACCGCUCCUCAUCCAGUACAUUUAUCCCAAGAUGUAUUCUCUCCACGACAUGCCCGACGCUGCGGGUGUGCCCGAUGCGCAGACCGGCGAGAUUGUUCUCCCUCCGACUGUCAACCUGUCGUCGGGCCGUAUCGCCUCGUACGGUCUGUAUUUGAUCGACGAUGGCCAGACCCAGUUCCUGUGGGUUGGCCGCGACGCCGUCCCCCAGCUGGUGGAGGAUGUGUUCGGCGUGCCGGACAAGAGCCAGCUGCGGGUGGGCAAGACCACCCUCCCCGAGGUGGACAACGAGUUCAAUCAGCGUGUGCGGGCCGUGAUCGAGAAGAGCCGGGACCAUCACUCGAAGGGAGUGGGUAGUAUGAUUGUGCCGCAUCUGUACGUGGUACGGGAGGAUGGCGAGCCGGGCCUGCGUCUUUGGGCGCAGACGAUGCUGGUGGAGGAUCGUGCCGACCAGAGUGUCAGCUUAGACCAGUGGAUGACGACGCUACGGGAGAAGGUAUGA